UAAUUUUCACCUGACACCCUAAUUUACAGUGCAGAAAAUCAGCAGAGGAAAUGGCGUCAGCGAUGACGUCAUUAUCUUCCCCGCGCCGGCGAUCUUUUACCGCCUCUUCAGAGCUGUCUUCGAGUUCACAGCUCCCGCAUACGGAUGUAUGCUUUGGGGCUUGGAGGAGCAGGGAGUUCGCCAGCUGUAUCCACUUUGGUAUUCCCUACUGUUCUAAAUCCACUUUAGCCACAAUUGUUGUCUAAAUUAUACUUAGUUUGAUCUAUUUAUGGAGUACAGAUGCACUAGGGUUCAUAAAGUUGAGAUCUUUAUGAUGUAUGUUAAUGUUGAUCAUAGUUCUACUGGAUGCAGUCCAAAGUGCUAUAAAUUUUUCCUUUUUCAUUUUCAUUUUUUUUAAAAAAUUCUUGUAUUUAUAUCUAAAUAUCUGGCAAUUAUAGUUGUAAAUUGUUAGAAGGAUAAAGCUUUUUAGAGCGAAUAAGGAUAAUGUGUUUAUUUCUUUUUAUUAUUUCUCAAUAAAAUGAAAAUGAAACUUAAGCUUCAGAUUUAAUUUCCACUGUACCUGAACUAUUCAUCAAUUUAAUCAAAAAUUUUAAGCCACAGGUUUUUAGCCACGCGCUGACAAAUGAUCCCAUCAAAUAACCUUAAGCAUUAGCUCGUCGCACCAAAACUCUGGCUUGAAAGUUGAAACCUCCUCCACUCAAAAAUAAACACCCUCUCUUCAACUCUCUCUCUUCUUCCUCACCUCCCAAAAAUCAUGGCAACUUCAAUCCCAAUCCAAACCAUCCAAAACCCUCUCCUCAACAAAACUCAGUUACUUCACAAAACCCAUCUCUCUGCUCCCUCAUCCUCAUCUCAUAGACUCAUCUUCACUCCCCAUGCCAAGUUCAAUCUCUCUGAGAUCAUGGGAGGCAGAGGCCUCUGCAAUGGAGAAGCUGGCCUCCAAAAAGAGCUCAAGAGGCAAAUCCAACAAGACCCAUCUACAGGGUCACAGUCCCAACCAACUCCGCCUUCUCCGACCCCGUCAUCUUCAUUUGAUGACAAUGAUGCCUUUGAGAAGGAGCUAAUGGGCUUAACUGGUGGAUUCCCCGGAGGCGAAAAGGGCCUCGAAAAAUUCAUCCAGGAAAACCCACCACCAAAGAAGAGUUCAGCUAAUGAGGAAGCAGGUAUUGUGUUCCAAGGCUCGAAGCCGAAAGCUCCUGACUUGCCUCUGUUAAUGCCGGGGAUGAUUGUCAUUGUGAAGAAUAAGAAUAAUCCUUUCCAUAUGUAUUGCGGGAUUGUGCAGAGAGUUACUGAUGGGAAAGCUGGGGUGUUGUUUGAAGGAGGGAAUUGGGAUAGGUUGAUUACUUUCAAUCUUGAUGAGCUUGAGAGGAGGGAGAAGGGCCCACCGAUGGUGAACCCAAAGUCUUGCGUUCUUGAAUCGCUUGUGGAGGAGAAGUCGGCAUGAGAGGAAGUGUGAGGUUUGUGAAAUAAAUUUCUUGUUUAUGAUAUACCCUCUCCUCCGCAUUUGUGUACAUUACAUGCAUAUAUAUAACAUCAUUCUUCGUGUUUGAAUGAAAGUAGCUCUCAUUUGAGUGUUACUAUAUCUUCUCUUUCUGAA